GGACCUGAUCUCCGCUCAGUGGGAGCUGCARCGUGUGGCCCUGGAGAAGAUGGCAGUUAAACUGAGCAGCAUGAAGUACCCCUCGCCCCCCCGGAGGCACCUCAGUCAGCUGACCAGGACCAACAGUUUACAGGAGUUUGAAGCAGAGUUCCAGGAGCUCUGGGAUUGGCUGAUGGACAUGGACGCCAUGGUAACCGACAGCCAUCAGCUGAUGAUGUCAGAGGAUCAAAGACAUCAACUCUUCAAG